ACAUCCUCGCCUUCAUUUUCUUUCGCGUUACUCAGGACUCCAAACCAAUGUUCGCGUUCUCUUGGCGUCUACGAUGGCGAGACCAGAUUACACUCAGAUAUGUCGCGACAUAAGAUCACAAUUUACGAUCAAGUUUAAAAAAGCCAAAACAAAGGACAAGUUCGCGACAAGAGGCAUGGUCAGAGAUAUUCUAUCACGGCCUUUGCUGAAAAUGCUUUACGAGAGCAUUUACAAGGAUGCCAGCAUCUCAGAGACAGGCCCAGACGAUGUUAAUGCCUGCCGCUUUGUUCGAAGUAUAGAGAGAAAAAUGCUGCACGACUUCUUGGCCAUUUUAUUAUACGCAAAGUGCUCAAUCAAUGCCGCAAAAAUCUUUACCAAUGAGCUCGUAUUCGGAAGCAUGGCAGAGGAGCAGCAACAAUAUAGCGAAACUCCAUAUUUGCUCCCAGCAACUGAGGAUUAUCUCAACAGUCUGUUCGACCCCUUUGACGCCCAGGAAAUCUUCGCUGAGCAACAGCCUUUCUGUACGAUCGUACUUGGUGGACCAGGAGUCGUCACGAUUGAUCAAGACGAUAAGCGGUCUCUGCCAUGGCUAGACGAGAAACAUAUCGGUUCAGGUGCUUUUGGAAGUGUUUAUGAGGUCAAGAUACCCAAGGACCACUUGACAAUGCAUCGAGACUUUAACCAAACUAUCAGAACUUCCAAACUCGUUGCUCGCAAAGACUACAAACCCGCCAAGGAUAUGGAGGAAAGCUUCGAGAAAGAGGUGGCAUCUAUCCGAGAAAUAUUCAGUGGCAACUCCAAGCACAACAAUAUUCUGGAGAGCUUUGGCACCAUUAUCAUCAGGGGGCCAGAGCAAAAGUUCAGUUUACUUAUGCCACUAGCAGAGAUGGACCUGCAGAAGUAUAUGGAAAGCAAUCUGGAUAUCUCUGCUGAUGGCAGAUGGGCGCGAGAGCGUAUCAUCAGCGCCUCUAUAGGCCUGGCAGAUGGACUUGAUUUUCUCCAUAGCAAGAUGACUACAGCUGGAGGUGAUCGACUGGUUUGCUAUCAUAUGGAUUUGAAGCCUAGCAACAUCCUGGUGUUUCUGCAUGACCCACGACCGGAAGGUAGUGAUACAGAAGACCGAGACUAUGGUAUGAUUUGGAAGCUAAGCGACUUUGGCUUGUCAAGAGUCAAGACCAAAACAAAGCCGGAAAAGAAUCUGGACAGCCUCUUCGAGAGGAAACUCAUCGACCAAUCAAGCCAAGCGUCCCCGACCCAAAACAAUCGAGGAAAUGGCACAUACCUACCAAGCGAAGCUCAGGAUCAGGGAAAGACUAUGGACCAUAAGAGCGACAUCUGGUCCUUGGGCUGCAUUAUCAGCGUCCUAUUUACUUACAUGGAAGAAGGACACUCAGCGCUCGAGCGAUAUAGCGAUUUCCGACGCAAGUAUAACAAGCCUCACAAGAUGGUCGACGUCUUUUAUCAGGAGAACAGGCGCAGUAGGGGCACCGGUUUGAACGUGGCUGUGACAGCCCAACACACCAAAUUAAUUGAAGCCGCAAAGAAACGAAACGCGGCUGAAGGGGAAGCGGUUUCAUUUAUACUGAGGUAUCUGGAGAGUAGUGUCUUGGUGAUUGACCAAGGCAACAGGUGCAACGCAGAUUCAAUAGUUCAAUGCCUGGGAAAGACAUUAAAAAAAUAUCAAACCGCGGAAUCGUCCGCCAGGCCUGAAACCCCAGCAGAAAAGCCGUAUUCCUUGCGCCUGAAACUCAAAGAUGCCCUUACCAAUGGUUUCCGCAAAGAGCGUUCCAUCGUGCCACUAGAUAUCCACCGCUGGAGACUCGACAUAGAAAAGUCUACUCGUUUCAAAGACUGUCGGAGUUCGCCGGAUGGGCAAUUGAUAGCUUACUGGAGUGACAAGGCUAUCAUGGUAUUCGACAGAGCCACCACGAUAUCAAGAAUGAAUUCUAGCAAUACAUUCGGCACCGGAUUAAGAGCUACUUCAACGGAAAGCGUUCGAGAUCGCGCUCUCAGGAACGUUGGAAACCAUCGACUGGCUGGCGUCAGCUGUUCUUGGAAAUCCCUGGGGCUGACAAACUCAUACUUGGUUGCUGCUACGACAGAGACCAAGUCAUUGGAAUGCUAUGUGUUUGAUAUUGCGUUAGAUCAAACGCUGCGAACCUACAGCAAAAUCAGCUUGCCAUACGGUGGGUUCCACAGUUUGACAGUAUCACUAACUCAAAACGCGGUGGCAUGUAUCCUAAGCAAUAAUGAUCGAGCAUCAUUGUUCACGGCAGUCAUCGAGACGAAUCUAUCUGAACCAACCACGCCGUCGGCUAGUAUCUUUUCGGAAACUUCAACACGACAAGAGUAUCAGGAUGCUGGAAUCCGCCUUGUCCAACAGAAGGUUCUUGACCUAGACUGUUCUAUAUCCUCGGUCGAGCACGUAGCGCUCAGAACACAAGAUGAAGGAUAUAUAAUUCUUCGUAGCGCAUCGACUCUAUUUCUAUGCCUUUUCACAAUUCGCCCUCCGAGGGUGGUGAAGCAAAAGCUAAAGCUUGGAUCACCCACUAGCAGCGCCUUACGGCUAUUUACGGACAUGGUUUGCGUCCCAAGUGAAGCAAACGAAGGCCAAUCCGAAGUCAUUGUGGUAGCACAGGCCCAGCGGAUCUUCCAUCUGAAGUUUCGAGGAGCCAACGAAGCUGCCUUAAGUGUCGCCUAUCUUCCCAUUGAACAAUAUCGAAUACUCAAGAUCGCGACAAAUGGCCAAGUAGUCGUCGCUCUAGGAGCGCACUCUGGGAGCAGCCAUAUUUUUCUGCUCGAGGUAAAACUCUUAAAUCCUAAAGUCCGCCCACAACUUCAGAUAAUUGCAGAGCUUAAAGAGGUGUCGACCUCUUGCCAGGCUAAGCUUAGUGUAAUCGGCGACUGGAACGAACCCAUUGCCUUGAUAACCACCGCGACACCUGAUGGACAAUACCGUGUAUAUCACAAAGGUUUGAGUAGUUUAGCAAAUAACACUAGUUGAGAAGAGUGGUUAAAUUCAGCAAUUAUUCCAUGCUGCCCAAUUCCAUAUCAGAAGAUUCCUUUCUACUUCUCCC